AUCGAAAUGUCCAAAUAAACCGCAACGAAGAUUUAUUAUGAAAUUCUAAACUUUAAUUAAAAUCUUCAAUUGAUCGAAAGUACUAUCUACAAACACAAGCUUAAAAAUUUAUAUUUUUCUUCUAUAAUGAUAUACAGCGCUUGCCGCUCAUGGGCCUAAGCCAUGUUGCCGCUUGUACGCGAACAUGUGAUACAUAAAUAUAUAUCAUAUGUAUACAUAUAUAUAUUAGUUUCGAAUUAUUUUCAACCACUUUCCACCUUUCAACUGUCAGCCGGUAUGGUGCUUCAAGUGACUUCAACAAGUGUCCUGUAUUUUAUUUAAAACCAUAGUUUAACGAAUCCGGUUUGUAAUACAUUUUGUAUUGCUUCUCUUCGUUCGUCUUUUUGUUUCAUUUUAAAACAGUUGUCAAAUUUUAUUCCAUUUCAAAAUUAAUGAAGAGUGUUUUAAUUACAAACAGGCGAUUAUUCAUUUUUUAUGAUACGCAACGAACUUAUUACUUUAAUGUUUCAUAAAUUUCGUUUAGAAUUCUGUGCAUACAGAAAUGAAUAAAGAAGAAUAUAUGUUGUAUUAGUAUGAGUUUAAAACCAUUAACUGAGUUAAGAACAGUUAUAAAGGAAUAACCAACUCAUAUUCUUAAACACGGGACAGUUCAUAUUUUUUACGUGCGUUUGCAUAUGCGCUAUAUUGAAGGCAGCACAUUUUUCCAAAAAAUGUAAAUACCGUUUGUUUCACCUAUAUAACCAUACAUCUAUACACUGUGUGUAUUAAAUAAAAUGAACUUGGAAGCAUCAAUAGUCGAACGUUUACAAAAGCUGAGGCAGUGGCAGUUAGAACAGCAAGAACGGUUAUUGAAACAACAGCAGAUUCAAAGAGAGAUGUUAUCUCAAAAACAAGAUUGUAUGUUCAAAGCACUCGAGUUAUCUAUACAAGAACUAGACAGUCAAGAUGCAUCAAGCACAAGUAAUUUGAAUUCAACUGUAGGAGAUGGCGAACUUGAUAACAAAAAUUUAAUUACCCAGUCGCAAACAAGUGAAGAUUGUGCGCGUGCAUUGAAUAACAGUGAACUUGUAGAUAAUCAGGAUAUAAAUAAUAUCUUACAAGGCAUAACGUCACAGCAACAGUCUCCUGAAAAUAAGCUUAUGGAGAAUAGUAUUACAAAUCGUACAGAACAAAGAUAUUUAAAUGAUAAGGAAAUCUGUGAUACAAAAGGUAAUAUAAAAAUAAUAAUAACUACUCCAGAAGAGAAACCGCAGAUGGAACAAUUUCAAAUGGAUGGAGUAGCACCACUGACGCCAGAUAAGUCACUUGCUAAACGUCUUUGUAUUGAUGAUGUACCGAUUCCAUCCCCUAGAAAGGACUUUCAUACAUUGCUCGAAGAAAGGCUAAAAGAUAGUGAGAAUGAAUUUUCCGGAAGAUGUAACGUUAAGGAACAUAUAGAAAAAAAGCCGUUUUUAAGAAAAGGCGAGGGUUUAUCAAGAUUCAAGUUAAAUAAAAAUAUUUCCAGUCCAAAUACAAAAGAAUUAAGCAGAUCUUUAACUAAUACGCAAUUUAAAUGUUCCAGUAAUGAUAAAAGAGCUAACAAAAAUAUUCAACAUUCGAAAGCUGCACAAUUACCAAAAAAUAUGCGUGUGAAAAAAACUUUAAGCCUCAAGAAUGUACCAUUACCAAAAAAGAAGGCUCGCAAUGAAUCUGAAUCCAAGUCGACUCCUCACUUAGAAGAUUGUGUUCACGAAUCAAAAGAAAGUAUAGAAUCAAACACUGUAGAGUUUCAGUCUGGAACGCAAAAGGAAUUGGAAGAAGUACGUAUAUUUGAGUUGAUGGAAGAAAAAGCAGAGAAUUCCAGCUUUUGUUCUACAUCUAGUGCAGUCAUUGCCUUUUUACAACAAUCGACACCAUUUAAAAUAAAAAAGUAUGGACACAAAGCAGAAAGUAUGGGUAUUGAGAAACAGCUUAGUCCAGCAGUUAAAGAUAAAACAGCUACAAAGUCUGACCAAGCACAUACAAAUACAACCCCGAGUAAGAAUACUGAUACUUAUUCCAAUUUGUUGCCUUUUAUUAGAGAAAAUUUAAGCGAAUUAUAUAAAAAUAUGUUUAUGCAAAGUGCCAGUGAAAUCAAAAUGUCAGAAUUGAAUGGAAGCAGAGAUGCUUUACUUAAUACUCAAAUUCAGCCUGUACAUAAUCAACAGAACUUGUAUAAUGUUCCUACUAAUGCGAAUAGUAACGAAGCAGAUGUUAGUCUUCAUGUCAGAUUCUCUGAGUGUAAUCAAUAUAAGACAAUUGGGUUAACAGAUACGUCAACUAUAUCAACUGAUUCGGUGAUGACAAAACGUUUUCAGGAUGAUAAAGUCUGGAGCGAUUCUUCAAGUCCAGACACAUCUAUGAUGGAAACCCCACCAGAAUACGAUAGUACAAUCGAAAAUAAUGAUUUUAUGUGCAAUGCAGAAAUAAGUCAAUAUGUUUAUGAUAAGGAAGAACUAAACCUUUUAAACACUUUAGCGACAACACCCAAAAAUAACAUUCACAGUAUUAAAUCAUCGAAUAUGGAAAAAUGCGAUAACGAUAAUGACGAUGUAGUUGUAAUCGGAGAUGAAGAAAAUCAGAAAAACUUGGAGGAGACGAAUGAAACUAUUUUUAAAUCGGAACUCUUAAAAUAUCGUUUAGUAGAGCUUGAAAAAGAAAUUGACAUAUUUCGUAAAGAGAAUAUAGCUUUAUCUAUGCAGCGAAAACAAUUACAAGAAGAUUACAGAACCUUGUAUAAAGAGUUUUCGGAAAAAGAAAAAAAUUUUGAGGAGCAUAGAAAACAGAUGGAUGACCGAUGGCACGAAGAAAAGAAAAAACUAGCGCGCGAAAAAGCUUCGUUGGAAAAUCGAAUGAGUGAUUUACAAAAGAAAGUACAACAGCAUAGGCUAGAAAGGCAAGAACUUCAAUGUUUAAGGGACGCGAUGGAAAGGUUGGCACAGGAGGUUCAUGCAAAAGAAACCAAACGGAACGCGAUGGAAUACAGACAUAAAUGCCAAAUGAGAAUCUUAAAAGCAGAGAAUUUGAGGCUCAAGGAUGAAGUGGAAAAAUUGCAGACUUUACUGAAAAGUAAAGUUAAGAAUGUAGAAAAGCCUGAAACUGCAAAUACAAGAGCAAUCCAUCAAAUCAAUAGAGUGUGUAACUUGCAGCUGAAACGAAUUCCGAGAAUUAACAGUUCUUCAUCGGACGGAGGCGAGAAAUUGAAACCAAUGAAAACUCUAAGCACGGCUAAUGAAAAAAAUGCAGAUGCAGGCAAAGAACAACAUAAUGGCAACAGUAAAAAUGUGAAUGAAAAACCACGAAGAAGCCAGGCACCUAUAGCAGAUGUUGAUAAGCGAAAUUUAUGCGAAAUUCCAAGAAUUAACAAUUCCUCAUCGGACGAAUACGAGAAGUUGGAACCAAUGAAAAUUCUAAGCACGGCUAAUGAAAAAAAUGCAGAUGCAGGCAAAGAACAACAUAGUGACAACAGUAAAAAUGUGAAUGAAAGACCACGAAGAAGCCAGUUAUCCAGAGCGGAUGUUAUUAAGAAGGGAAAUUUAUACAAACAAUUAAUCGAAGAGAUAACGUCCAGAAUGGCAGAAACUAAAGAAAGUUCCGCUCCUCUUGAAAACUCCGAACUUGAAAAUAUACCGAAAUCAGCUAGUGAAUUGAGAGUAUUAACUGACACAACGAACACUAUGAAAAGUAAUUGUGAAACCUCCGAAUCUUUAAAAGCAAAUACUCAAAUGCAUCAAGAAAAUGAUGAGAAGAAAUCAGUAUUAGCGAGUGAAGAACCUAAUUCAAAUAUUGAAAAUGUUCCCCCUAAUCAUGAGGUUGAAGAACCCAUAAAACAGGUCGUACAUCCUGACGGUUCGGUCGAAGCCAUAUAUUUGAGAGGAAACGUUAAGAGAAUCUUUCCUGAUCAAGGCCUAAUUAGGUAUACCUAUCACAAUGGAGAUAUUCAUGAACUCAAUAAAAAUGGAGUAGAAAAAUAUUUUUACGCUUCAGCAGGUACAUGGCAAACGAAGACGGUAGAUGGUUUAGAAAUUUUAGAAUUCGCUGAUGGACAAAUUGAAAGACGAACGGCCGAUGGUAAAGUGGAAGUAUUAUUUCCGGAUGGUGCUUACAAAAUUUCAGAAUCCGACGGUUUCCAGAAAUGGACAAUGCCAAAUGGAUUGUAUGUGGAAAUUUUUCCGAGCGGUGAGAAGUUUGUUAUCUGGCCAAAUGGACAACGUGAAAUACAUACUAAAACUUAUAAGAAACGAGAAUAUCCCGACGGUACUAUUAAACUACUUUAUCAGGAUGGCACUCAGAAAACACAGUAUUCAAGUGGUAGAAUUCGCAUAAGAGACAAAGAUGGUAAUCUUUUGACGGAUUCCUACGAGUCAGACAUAGAAAGUUCUAUGCCAAGGAGUAAAGAAUAGUAUUUUAAUUCCAUGUAUGAAAUCCUCCUUUUAUAGUACUUUCCAAGACGUUAAAAGAAUGCAAUUUCAUGUAUUUGAAAUAAAGACUGAAUUUUUUGUAAGCAUAAAAAGCAUAAAUUUCCUAACAUCCAAUAGCCUCCUAUUGCUCCUAUUCCUGAAUUAUGAAGAAAUAAGAUUAGAUACACUACAUUUUCUUAAGCUUAGCCUCUGUUAUGCCUAAUGAUUUGUCUAUCGUCAUAAAGGAAUUAAACAAAC